UUCAAAGAUCAUCUCAAAGAUCCUCAGCUGUCUGUCUGUUUGUGUCUCAUCUAUAUUUACCAACACGUAAAGAGGCCAAAAUAGAGACACGUAUCACUUACUGCAUCACAAUCACACACAAACGCAGCUCCACGUGGACGACAGACCUGGCAGAAGAAGUUCAAAGAAACAACAUAAUGAGCACACAGGAAGGUGAGAAACAGGAUGUUGGGUACGAGACUCCGCCCAUCUGUGACCUUUUGACCCUCCUGCUAAAGAACCGUCGACCCUCCGGCGCCUAUAAUGAAGUCUGGCCCAACAUCUACGUCAGCGAUGCUACAACAGCGAAAGACAAGACACUUCUAAGACAUCUAGGAAUCACUCACGUCGUCAACGCUGCACACGGACCCGCUCACAUCGACACCGGAGCUGAUUUCUACUCGGAUACAAACAUAGAGUAUCACGGCGUGGAGGCACCAGACAGCAGAGACUUCGACAUUGCAUCAUUUUUCUACCCAACAGCCAGUUUCAUUCAUAAAGCUCUGUCACAGCAAAGAGGGGAGAAGGUCUUGGUUCAUUGUGCCAGAGGAGUGAGUCGUUCAGCGACACUAGUUCUGGCGUAUCUGAUGAUAUACGAAAAACUCGCAGUCGCAGAAGCCAUCAAUGCGGUUUGUGUCCACCGGAACAUUCUACCCAAUGCUGGAUUCCUUCAACAGCUCCGUCAGCUGGACUCCAACCUCCACCUGCAGAGAAGAGAUGCCAUCUAUUAG